AUUUUAAUAUGUGAAGAUAGUGAAAUGGCUGAUGUAAAUAUUCCACACCAACCUAACUACUACUACACAGUGCAAGUCACCUGCCAGAAUAAAUCAUGGAUAUUAAAACGAUGCUAUGAAGAUUUCAGAGUUUUAGAUAAACACUUACAUCGAUGUAUUUAUGAUAGAAGAUAUAGUCAGUUAGUUGAACUACCCAAAGGUGAAGCCAUUGCACCAAACCAUGAGGCUGUACAAGCUAUGUUAUCACACUAUUUAUCACGGUUCUCUCAGAUUACCGGGGAUAUGAUUAACUGUGCACCAGUUCUGAACUGGAUGGAG